UGAUUUGACUUAGAGGUGACUUGUUUUUUCUUCCUAUAUUUCAGGUCUGUAAAUGGAAGGAUGAGAGUGGGCCAAGAACAUAAGAUUGUAGAAGUCAAGGGGCUGGAGUUUUAUUCCAGAUUGUUUCAUGGCUCCUUGGACUUGGUAACUAUGAACAGUACGGGUGACUCCUACUCAGCAAGCAAUAUUAGGUUGGAAGGAAAACAUUACUAUUCUAUAUUGGCACCAUGUGAUGCAACCUUAAUUCUUUCGGACAACAGAUUGCAAAGCUUGAUGACAAUACUCCCAGUAGUCUGUCACUGCCGACUUGAGUGGCUUGGGUGGUACUCAUGUUGUGAACUUUGUCAAUUUAACUAGAUGUUGGUAUUUAUCUUUUUCUGUUCUGCCUGCAUUGCUUAUAUGUAGUUCUAAUAUUGUCCCCAUUUAUCAGGUUAUAUCCUUAGACGAGGUUCAGUUACAGCACAUGUGUCUUGUGUGGGAUUAUAUUUGCACUUGUAGAUUAAGAGAAAAGUAUGGACGCUUUCGCCCUUGGCAUUGUCUUUUACCAAGAAAAUGUGCAGGCUGGCAAAUAUUUUGGUGGCACUAUGCUCAGCAAUCAGUUCUUUAUGAUGUUCGUAGGAAAUUGAAGAAAACAUCAUGGAGAUACUUUGGUGAUCGAUUUCUCUCCUUCACAUCAUCUACCUCCGUCUUAAGUAUUCUUUAAGUUUCCUGGAUGCAGAAGUUUUUCGACGGAAAUAUAUGAACUUGUACAAGAUUAAGUUGGAUUUUCUCCAACAAGAACAGCUAGUUUGAUGAUGACGUUCUUCAAGAUUUGGAGCCAAUGGAAAAGGAAUCAGAUUUAGAUGACAUACUGAAUUAUCGAUCUGCUGCAGAAUCUGAGAUGCAGGAAUUUCUCUCAAGGUGUUCAACUCCUAACAAUGGCAAGAUUAGCACUGAUAUUCCCACAGAGAAGUCUUGCAAUGAUGAACACACUGUUAAAUCUCAGGGAUGGUUAAACUGGCUUUCUCGUGGUAUGCUUGGGGCCGGAGGAACUGAUGAUUCAAGUCAAUUUUCUGGAGUUGUGUCAUUUGAUGUUAAGGAUAUGUCUGAAGCAACUGAAUUUCAUCCUCUUGUAUCGUCCAGUUUUGAUUCUGCUGCAAAGCAUGAAUUAUGCAUUUUUUCAAUGAUGUUUGAGAUUGAUCAGAUUUCUGCUACGUUUUGUAGCAAGCGGCAUGGUAAAGGAAUUGCAGAAAUAAUUGUUGAAGGUGGAACUGUCAAGUCUAAGAUCUACAAAGAUCGUGGAAUUGUUAUAUCCAAAUUCAAAUCUGUCAAAAUGGUUGAUCUAAGCAACAAGAAAGUCGUUGUACAUAUUGCAGGGCCUGUUGCUGAAAACCAUUUACUGGACAAUUUGGAUGAUUGCUGCAGCUUUCGAGUAAAAUUUUCAUCCCAUACAGAUAUGGACAUGUCAGUGAAGGUAUCCAACAUUGUUGGAAUACUCGAACAACUGGAAGUUACAGUUGAUGCAAACAUUUUAUCAAACUUGUUGGAGUUUUAUGACGUCUUUACGUCCAUCAAAUUUCAUAAUGAAAGGGUAUUAAAUAUUUUUACCGGUGUCCUGCUUUUAUUAUUAUUGUCCUCAUUAUUAAUUUUGUAUACAACAUGCUUUUAAACCCUAUUCCCAUUACGUGUCUUUUUAAAAGUGGGUUCAUUCUUUGCUAAUGUCCAGUGUGUACUAGUCCUUGCUGAAUAUUUUCAUGAAUUAAGUGGCAACUGACUUUUGCGUGUUAAGUUGUUAAUGAGAAAGGUUUUGAGAAUUUUAGAGUUGAAACUGUCUGAUUUUCUUGAACAAACAACACUAAGCAGUCUGGAUAUUUCCGUACGCUAAAAGUCCUUACAACUUGCUAACAUGACAAUUAAGGAUGAUGCUAAUUCCUUAGUGCUUGAAUAAGACUAUUUGGGUCGAUCAACUA